AUGACAGGCGGCACGUUCACAGUCUCCAAUUUGGGCAUGUUUGGUGUCGAUAAUUUUUCCGCAAUCAUCAAUCCUCCGCAGUCAGCGAUUCUAGCGAUCGGUGGUGUACAGAAACUACUAGUUCCGGAUACUAACAAAGGUUUUGUCGAGGCGAACAUUAUGAAGGUAACUCUCAGCUGCGACCAUCGAGUGAUCGAUGGAGCAGUAGGAGCCAAGUGGGCCAGUUGUUUCCGAAACUUUAUGGAAAAGCCCCACACGAUGUUGCUUUAG